GAAGUACUUCCGGGGUAGAGGACCUGCAGGAGAAAAGGCUCCGGUCUGAGCUUCUGGAUCGGCCUCUCCGCUCCGAGUCUCGUUGGUUCCGGAGGUCGCUGCAACUGUGGGAAAUGCUGGCGCGCGCGGCGCGGGGCACUGGAGCCCUUUUGCUGAGGGGCUCUGUGCAGGCUUCUGGCCGCGCUCCGCGCCGCGCCUCCUCUGGAUUGCCCCGAAACACCGUGGUACUGUUUGUGCCGCAGCAGGAGGCCUGGGUGGUAGAGCGAAUGGGACGGUUCCACCGGAUCCUGGAGCCUGGCUUGAACAUCCUCAUCCCUGUGUUAGACCGGAUCCGAUAUGUGCAGAGUCUCAAGGAAAUUGUCAUCAACGUGCCUGAACAGUCGGCUGUGACACUUGAUAAUGUAACUCUGCAAAUUGAUGGAGUCCUUUACCUACGCAUCAUGGACCCUUACAAGGCAAGCUAUGGUGUAGAGGAUCCUGAGUAUGCUGUUACCCAGCUAGCUCAGACAACUAUGAGAUCAGAGCUUGGCAAACUCGCCCUGGACAAAGUCUUCCGGGAGCGAGAGUCCUUGAAUGCCAGCAUUGUAGAUGCCAUCAACCAGGCUGCUGACUGCUGGGGCAUCCGCUGCCUUCGUUACGAGAUCAAGGAUAUCCAUGUGCCACCCCGGGUGAAAGAGUCCAUGCAGAUGCAGGUGGAGGCAGAGCGGCGGAAACGUGCUACAGUUCUAGAGUCUGAAGGUACUCGAGAGUCAGCUAUCAAUGUGGCAGAGGGGAAGAAACAGGCCCAGAUCCUGGCUUCUGAAGCAGAAAAGGCUGAACAAAUAAAUCAAGCGGCAGGAGAGGCCAGUGCAGUUCUGGCAAAGGCAAAGGCAAAGGCUGAAGCUAUUCGAAUCGUGGCUGCAGCUCUGACACAACAUAAUGGAGAUGCAGCAGCUUCACUGACUGUGGCUGAGCAGUAUGUCAGCGCGUUCUCCAAACUGGCCAAGGACUCCAACACUGUCCUAUUGCCUUCCAAUCCUGGUGACAUUACCAGUAUGGUGGCUCAGGCCAUGGGUAUAUAUGGGGCCCUCACCAAAGCUUCGGUGCCACAGGCACAGAACUCAGUCUCCAGCGGGAGCAGCAGAGAUGCCAAGGGCACAAAUGCAAAUCUUGAUGAGGAAAUUGAUCGAGUCAAGCUGAGUUAGUGGAGCUGGGCUUGGCCAGGGAGUCUGGGGUCAGGGAGCAGCACACCCAGAUUCUGGCUCUAGCCUCCCUACUAAGAUUUUAUUUUUUAUUUUUUUAUUUGAACUUAUUAAUCAUGUAAUAAACUCACCAGUGGAAAAUCA